AUGGGUGACCGUCUUGGACAACUGGAGGGAGGUCAGAUGAUGCGUCUGAUCACGCUGAUGUUGUGUGCCGGCCUCUUCAACACGCUCCACAACGUGCUGGCGUUCUCCGUGCUGGCCAUGGUCUCCCCGCUCAGCUACGCCGUGGCCAACGCCACCAAGCGUAUCGCCAUCAUUGGAGGCUCCCUCAUCAUCCUACAGAACCCCGUGGGGCCCAUGAACGUCGUGGGCAUGCUGGUGGCCAUCUUUGGCGUGCUCUCCUACAACAAGUGUAGCCGGCGUCUGCUUACACCCAUCUCUGUAGCACCAUCGGGGUGUCUUCAGUGUAGCCGGCGUCUGCUUACACCCAUCUCUGUAGCACCAUCGGGGUGUCUUCAGUGUAGCCAGGGUCUCCGUGGGGAGAGGUGUCUUCAGUGUAGCCAGGGUGUCUUCAGUGUAGCCAGGGUGUCUUCAGUGUAG